AUGGAAGGGCUUUUCUUUAACAUUGACAAUGGGUAUUUGGAAGCGUUGGUGAGAGGCCACAAGAACAGCCUUCUUACUGCUUCGCAAUACACCAACUUAACCCAGUGUGAUACGUUGGACGAUAUCAAGCUUCAACUAUCAGCAACUGAAUACAGUGAUGUUUUAAGCGAUAUCAACGAAACUCUAACGACCUCUGUCAUUGAAAAGAAAUUGAAUAAGAAACUCGUUGAAGAUUUCAACUAUUUGAAGUCUCAGAGUAGUGGAACAAUGGCUAAAUUUAUUGAAUUCAUGACAUACGGUUAUAUGAUUGACAAUGUUUUAUUGAUUAUCACGGGUACCAUCCAUAAUAGAGACAAGGGCGAAAUUUUAAGCAAAUGUCACCCGUUAGGAUGGUUUGAUACAUUGCCAGCGUUAUCUAUUGCUACUGAUCUAACAUCUUUAUAUGAGAGUGUCUUGAUUGAUACACCAUUAGCCAAAUAUUUCCAUGGAUGUUUGUUAACCAUCGAUGACUUGGAUGACUUGAACAUUGAGAUUGUGCGUAACAUGCUCUAUCGGGCAUACCUGGAGGACUUUUACGAUUUUUGUCUGAAGGAGCUUCCAAAUCCUAGUGAUGAAAUUAUGAGUAAGUUACUCAAUUUUGAAGCUGAUAAGAGAAGUAUCAAUAUUGCCCUAAAUUCCCUCGACACUGAGUUGAGCAUCGACGACAAGGAGAGAAUGAUGCCAACCAUUGGCUCGUUGGCGUCAAACGACAGUAUCAGACACCAAUUGAUCACUAGCGACAAUUUAGAGAGUCUACAAUUGGCAAUCAAUGGUGUUGGGCUUUACAGUGAUUUAUUCAAUAAUGACGACGGUGAGGGAAGCUCUACCUUAGAGGAUAAACUCUACUCCAUUGAGAUGUCCAUGAACCGUGAUGCGUUUGCACAACAGUUCACCAUAUCCACUGUUUAUGCCUUUGUGCGUUCCCGUGAGCAAGAGAUCCGGAACCUAGCAUGGGUCUGUGAAUGUAUUGCACAGGGACAAAGAGGACGUAUCAACAACUACGUUGCUGUCUAUUAA